AUGACAAUAAAGCCAAUCAAUUGCCUCACCCUGUCACCAUCACUGGCCCUGCCUCACCCUGUCACCAUCACUGGCCCUGCCUCACCCUGUCACCAUCACUGGCCCUGCCUCACCCUGUCACCAUCACUGGCCCUACCUCACCCUGUCACCAUCACUGGCCCUGCCUCACCCUGUCACCAUCACUGGCCCUGCCUCACCCUGUCACCAUCACUGGCCCUGCCUCACCCUGUCACCAUCACUGGCCCUACCUCACCCUGUCACCAUCACUGGCCCUGCCUCACCCUGUCACCAUCACUGGCCCUGCCUCACCCUGUCACCAUCACUGGCCCUGCCUCACCCUGUCACCAUCACUGGCCCUGCCUCACCCUGUCACCAUCACUGGCCCUGCCUCACCCUGUCACCAUCACUGGCCCUGCCUCACCCUGUCACCAUCACUGGCCCUGCCUCACCCUGUCACCAUCACUGGCCCUGCCUCACCCUGUCACCAUCACUGGCCCUGCCUCACCCUCUCAUCAUCACUGA